CUUCCUUCUCAUUCCUAGCUCUCUCUCUCUCUCUCUCUCUCUCUCUCGCUGCUAUUAUUUCUGAGCUGUAGCUAGUUCAACCAUUGCAUCAUGUAAAGAAUUCUUCUUUGAUUCCUGCUUCCAAACUUGGACUUGGGAGGAACUUAAUUACUACCCUUUUUAAAGUUCAAGAUCUGGAGGCCAUCUUUGCUUAAGUUGGAAGCUAGCUAUAGCUAGCUGGAGGGAUAAAGAUAAAUAGUGAAUGACAUGUCUCUGGUUAUUUUUACCAGUGUGACUGUGUGAGUACGUACCUCUCGAUCAUCAACACCUACAAAAACCUCUUUUGGGGUGGUUCUUUGCUGUCGUCGACAUUCCCAAGUCUCUUGUGCACAGGCAACGCAAGGAAGGUACUUCUGGUUUAUUGCACGUUGGCCAUACUUCAAUUUUGAUCGACUUCAUUAAAUGGCAAGAGUUUGUUCGCCAUACUUUGAUCCUGAGUAUGAAAACCUGAGCACAAGAAUCAAUCCUCCAAGGGUCUGUGUGGACAACUCGAGCUGCAGUGACUGUACCCUAGUCAAGGUUGAUAGUGUCAAUAAGCCGGGAAUUCUGCUUGAAGUUGUUCAAGUACUGACAGACCUUGACCUCAUAAUCACUAAAGCCUAUAUCUCCUCUGAUGGUGGAUGGUUCAUGGACGUGUUUCACGUCACCGAUCAACAAGGAAAGCAGAUUACGGACAGAAAAACCAUUGAUCACAUUGAGAAGGCUUUAGGACCAAAGGGGGAUACCACAGAAGUAGUGAAGACUUGGCCAGGAAAAAGGGUUGGAGUGCAUUCUGUAGGUGAUCACACAGCCAUUGAGCUAAUUGGAAGAGACCGUCCAGGUCUCUUAUCUGAGAUCUCUGCUGUUCUUGCCGAUCUGCACUUUAACGUAGUUGCUGCUGAAGUAUGGACACACAACAGAAGAAUAGCCUGUGUUCUUUAUGUUAACGAUACCACAUCCCAGCCUGUGGACCAUCCAACCAGAUUAUCGACUAUUGAAGAGAGACUCAAGAACAUCUUACGUGGGUGCGAAGAUGAUGACAAUGUAGGUCACACAAGUUUCUCUAUGGGGUUCACUCAUGUGGAUAGACGGCUCCACCAGAUGUUGUUUGCUGACAGAGAUUAUGAGGGCAGUGGCGGCCAUGGCGGUGGCGGUGGUGGUGGAUUAUCAAAUGAGGUUGAUUUUCCUGCCUGUUUCCAACCAAAGAUCACCAUUGAGCGUUGGGAAGAAAAGGGAUACUCGGUGGUCAGUGUCCGGUGCAAAGAUCGUGCAAAACUUAUGUUUGACAUCGUAUGCACACUCACUGAUAUGGAAUAUGUUGUUUUCCAUGCCACCAUCUCGUCUGAUGGUCCAUAUGCAUCACAGGAGUAUUAUAUUCGUCACAUGGAUGGUUGCACCCUUGAUACCGAAGGUGAGAAGGAAAGGGUAGUCAAAUGUAUUGAUGCUGCAAUUCGUAGAAGAGUAAGCGAGGGGCUUAGGCUAGAGCUAUGUGCAAAGGAUAGGGUAGGCCUGCUAUCAGAAGUAACAAGGAUCCUGAGGGAGAAUGGGUUAUCAGUUAUAAGAGCAGGCGUCUCAACCAUUGGUGAACAAGCAAUGAAUGUAUUUUAUGUUAGAGAUUCUUCAGGGAACUCAGUGGACAUACAAAAAAUCGAAGCUCUUCGUAAAGAAAUUGGACACACAAUGAUGUUCAAUGUGAAGAAAGUUCCAACGAGUUCUAAGGCACCUGAGACACCUGAUACUAGUGGAUGGGCAAAGACAAGCUUCUUCUUUGGUAACUUGUUAGAGAGGUUCUUGGCUUGACAAGAUGCAUCUACUUGUAAAAGGUACAUUGCAAAUGUACAGAAUAAUAAAUCUGUUCAGGA